CUUGCAUUCCGGUCACGCACGCGUUCGGAACAAUGACGGCUCCUAAUCGGCAUCGAUUACACAAUCGAUGAUCCUCGCGUUAAGGGGCCAAUGUCGUGGUCCACUCGACCGGAAUAUCGAUUCCGAAGGAGAGGUGACACAUCCGGUCAUAAACGGAAAUGUCUAAGAAAAACUGACAUGUAUCUGGAUUAUGUAUAAAAGCGCACCAUGGGCAAUACACAGCAUCAUUCGUCUUCAAUCGGUCGAAGUGACAACAACGAACAAUAAUGAAGACUUUCGCUUGUAUUCUCCUCCUAGCAGCUGUUGUAUCAGCUGAGCCUCCUCGCUACAGAAUCGCAAGGUUCAGGUCUGAAAGACAGGAGCUCAGCGGAGAUGGCGAGGAGGGACAAAAAUCAGCUGGUGGAGAAGCUCCUUACGCUGCAGCUGGAUUUAAACCAACCAGAGAAUUCAAUCUGCCAGCACGUCACGAGGUCAGUCCCCCCUCUACCUCUUAUGGAACUCCUGAUGACAGCUAUGGUGCUCCAUUCAAAACUUAUGCAGCUCCCCAAGUAGAAUACGGUGUCCCAGAGAAAAAGCAAAGUGAAGAGCACAAAGCCAAAGAGAAAGUGGAAAAACACGAGGGAAGUGAAGUUGAGAAACUCAAAGAAAGCAAGGAAGCCAAGGAAUCUAAGAAUAGUAAAGAAACCAACGAAGGCAAGGAGAAGAAAGCAAAAUUAGAAGAAGAACCUAAAAAGGAAGCUGAGGUUUUAAGCGCUGAAGGAGCAUACUACGUACUCUUGCCUGGCUCGCAAUUGCAAAGAGUACAGUUUCAGACUGAAAACGAUAUCCGAAACAUGGCGUACACGGCACGUCUCCAAUACCGGAACGAGGAUCGUGCUCCCCUUUUCGUGUAUACAGCGGUACCUCAGUUUCAAUCCGCGGCGUACGUGCAACUACUUUAAGUUUUCCACACAGACCCAGCCCCCUGAAGCGACCGAGCUCCGACAAAUAGAUGCAAUUUAGAUUUAAACGAAUUACUCUUUUCAUCGAGAAUUUCACGUGUGAAUAAAAUGAUGCGCUACCUAGAAACGCCAAAUUAAGGCACCUUUUAUA